AUGGAGGAUCGUGGAGUUGUGAUUCACUCAAGUGACACUUAUUCCACUCCCAUGAAUCCAAUUUAUGGUGGGACAAUAAAGAAGAGUUUGGGGCAAGGGAAGAAGAAUACAACUCAGCAACCGCAGCCACAAAUCGAGAAUGAAAUUGAAGCUGAGGAUGAUGAAGCCCAAACCCAAGAUGUCCCAAAUUCUUCCACAGCUGGUGUCCCAAAUUCUUUCACAACUGGUCUUCCUCUUGAUGCAUUGCAAAUUAUGGAGGAUCGUGGAGUUGUGAUUCACUCAAGUGACACUUAUUCCACUCCCAUGAAUCCAAUUUAUGGUGGGACAAUAAAGAAGAGUUUGGGGCAAGGGAAGAAGAAUACAACUCAGCAACCGCAGCCACAAAUCGAGAAUGAAAUUGAAGCUGAGGAUGAUGAAGCCCAAACCCAAGAUGUCCCAAAUUCUUCCACAGCUGGUGUCCCAAAUUCUUUCACAACUGGUCUUCCUCUUGAUGCAUUGCAAGUAUAUGGAAUGUUGUUGUUACGAUUGACUAGAAAGAUGGAGGAAUUUGAAAAUUCUCAAAAUGAAAUAAAGGAUACUCAAAAUGAAAUAAAGGAGUCUCUGAAAAGGAUGAAUAGUAGAUUAGAUAGAAUUGAGUCUUUUUUUAUGAAAAACAAAGAAAUAGCUAGGAAGUGA